CCCACAGAACGAACAGGUAGGGGUAGCCCCCCCGUACCUUCUCAGCAACCACAAACAGGCCCGCGUCCUACUCACCAUCCACAAACUGACCAGCAUCCAAAAGCCAAACUUGAAACCAAUCAAGGCAAAACAAGCCACAUGAAAAUACCACACAAGCCAUACGAAGAAAUUGGAGCGAUGUUCAAUGGAAAUGAGAUCAAAAUACGGAUACCGAAGACCACUUUCAAGCCCCCGAAACUAACGCCGUCGCAACAGAACCUGCAGCAGCAGUGCACCUGUGAAGACGAGGGCUCGGUUUGCAGCGAUAACUGUGGCAUUCCAGCACCAGGCAACAUGUGCAACAGCCUCAAUUUCCAGAUCCCGGACGAUAUUUGCGAAGGACUUACAAAUAGAACAGCUGUGAAUUCUGAGCUGACAUACUGCAAACAAGAAAUGCAUAACAAUUUGUGCAAUGUGUGUAACGUCACUCCUAAAAACGCCCCGAAAGGAGUUCAAGCUCAUAAAGUUUUGCAUCCAGAUAAAGACGUAUUCAUGUUGAAGAUUGGUAAACAAACUGACGAGCCUAACCGUACUGGAAAUAUCGUGGUGGAAUUAAUAACACCUCGAGCACCAGCAAAACCGAAGCCGGCGACUCAUAGCUGUAAGCAGAUACAGUGCGAAGAGGAAGAAAUUCCCUGCUGUCUAACUUGUAGAUCUUGUGUACCAACCGUCAGAAGACGAAGACCACGUCGCUACCGGUGCUGUAAAUAGAAGCACCCUUUUAAUGUAAACUACAAAAUGAAACUAAACAUGAAUGACCGCACUUUAUCAAAUAAAGUUAAUUACAAAUGACUUUUUUAUAAUAAAAUUAAUAAUUGAACAAAACAACAGAAGACUAUAAGAGACAGACCCCCAGAGAUAUUCGGCUAUAAAACGCUCUUAUCAAGCAAUAAACCCAAAUGUCACAACUUACAAAAACUUAA